UUUUUAGAAAGAGGGUUUAUUGUAUAAUUUUUUCUCCCAAAUCUUUUUUUUUUCCGCCGCCGUGAAAAAAUGAAUCAUCUUCUAAUCUUAGCGAGAAACUCGCUGCGGCGGCGGAAUUUUAAUCUCCGACCACCGUCUCGUUCCUUCAGUAGCACCAUCUCACCGGAAUCGAAUCGGUGAGCUCUCCUCUCCCGCUUCUGCUUUCCUUCCUUUUCCUCAUUUAUCGCCUCUCUUCCUGAUUCUGACCCCAAACAAAAAAACAAAACACAGCUCGUCUUUUGGCAUAGCAUUCGAUAUCGAUGGAGUUAUUCUUCUUGGUUCCUCUCCCGUUGGUGGCUCUCCUAGCGCUCUCCGACGUCUCUACGAUGAUUCCGGUGCUUUGAAGAUACCUUUCUUAUUCUUGACUAAUGGAGGUGGCUUGCCUGAAUCUAAACGGGCUUCUGAGAUGAGUCAUUUAUUAGGUGUUCAAGUUUCUCCAUUGCAGGUGAUACAAGCACAUUCACCCUUUCGGAAGCUAGUAAAUAGGUUUGAAAAUGAGCUUGUUGUUGCAGCUGGAAAAGGGGAACCUGCCGCGGUGAUGUCUAAUUAUGGUUUCAAAAACGUCAUUUCAAUGGACGAAUAUGCCUCUUACUUUGACAACAUUGAUCCCUUGGCGCCAUAUAAGAAAUUGAUGUUCAGGCAGGAUGGUCACAAGGAGCUUAGAUCAAGAGAAGAUGUUCUAUCCCAAAGAGUUCAGGCAGCAUUUAUAGUUAGUGAUCCAGUUGAUUGGAGCCGAGACAUCCAGGUUCUUUGUGACAUUUUACGAACUGGAGGACUUCCUGGGAAAGAAAUUGGACCUCAACCUCAUUUGUACAUUGCCAAUGACGAUUUAGACUACCAGACUGAGUUUCCUACUGAACGUCUUGGCAUGGGAGCUUUUAGAAUCGCGUUAGAAUCAAUCUUCAACAGAAUUCAUGAAAAACCUCUAGAGUACACAUCAUUUGGCAAACCAAAUCCAUUUGUGUUCAAAAACGCAGAAGAUGUUCUGAAAGAAAUCGCUACAUCCCCUUAUUCUUCAAACCAAGGAAGUCACCACUUCAAGACACUAUAUAUGAUCGGGGACAACCCUAAAAUCGACAUCAGAGGCGCACGACAGGCUGGGACUCCUUGGUUUUCAAUAUUAACGAGAACCGGAGUUUUCAAAGGAAAAGAUAACCAUUCCGAGUUUCCAGCUGAUCUGGUCGUUGACACCGUCGAGGAAGCAGUUGAUUUCAUUUUGACAAGAGAGUCCGCCAAGCAAAGCUUACUGUCAUGAGUUAUAUCACUCUCAUUUUUUCUGACCAGUCCAAGUAUUUCUUGACGAUUUGAGAUUUUAUUUAACAUAUUGGUUAUUUUCACGGCGAGGCCAAAGAAAUGGUGUAGUAACAAGUAAACAGAAAUUAGUGAACAUUAUUGAAUCUAGAAGUCACUAUUUUCUUUAUGAUUUGAGAUUUUAUUCAACUUUCAACAUAUUGUGUUCUCUUCACUAUUGUGAUUACAUUACUAAAUUGAUAAGUCAUUAUUUUGGUAUUAAAU